UGCAUUUUAUAAUAUGUCGGCCUUUGAGAAAGAAUUAGGUGAGGAUUUCCUCAGUUGUGUUUUAUGUCGCAAAUUACUCAGGGAUCCGAGACUUUUGCCGUGCCUGCAUUCAGUAUGUACUUCAUGUGCCAACUCACGGUUGAGAAAAAGUGGUGAGUGUAUAAGCUGUCCUAUAUGUGAAGACGUGGAAGUCAUAUCGAGUAUUGAAAAUACUUUUCUAAAUCACUGGUUAAAGAAUGUCAUAGAUAUCAUUGAUAUAACGCAAAACUCUAAAGGAAAAUUCUGUUCUUUUUGUAAGUUGAAAGGCAGAAAGCAAGAAGCUGUUGCUACAUGCUUAACAUGCCUUGAACUUUUAUGCAAAACGUGUUGGGAAAGUCGACACACAUUUACAACUUUGACAAAAGAUCAUCAUGUGGUGUCUAUUGAAGAAGUGCAAACUGGUCGUUAUCAUUCGGAGAUAAGAUCAAAUCAAAAAAUACAUUGUUCUGAUCACAAUAAUGAGUAUUACAAAUUCUUUUGCAAGACCUGUGAUGUUCCAAUAUGUCGAGAUUGCACAGUAUUGCAACACAGAUCACAUGCCCACAUUUCAUCAAAAGACGCUUUGAAGCAUAUUGAAUUACAGAAGGAAAUUGAGCGCGUUGAAAAGGGUAUAUUUCAUUUGAAGAUUCUACAAUCUAAACUAGAUAAACAAUCGAAAGAUUCUGAAAAUUGCGAAGAAAAUUUGAGAAUCCAAAUUGAGACAACCUGUAACAGCAUGAUAAAUAAAAUCAGUGCUCAGAGGAGAUCAUUAGAAAGAAGUUUGACCCAGUCGCUCAAAAAUCCUAAGGAAAAAAUAAAAAUGAAAACUGAAAUUAUGCAAAAGAAAAACAGAUUGGCGGAAAGAACCAUUUCUUUUUGUAAAUGCUUGCUUAAAAAUGGAACAGACUUUGAAAUACUGAGUAUGCAGUCUUUGAUCGUUAAUAAAUUAAAACAAAGUUCUGUAAUAAUUGAGAAAUUCUCAACUUCUGAUCAUAGGAUAGCAAUACCACAAUUAUCUACAAAUUGGAGGGAACCGGAAUUGAAAUUAGUAUUUGAAAAUGAAUUAAAUGACUCGGAGAAGGAAAAUUUACCUACAGAAACAAAGGACGUAUACAAACAGGCAGAGGAUAAAGUUAGUAAAGUUGACAUGUUUCUAAAUGAAAACGCUGAUGUUGGUAUACAGUGUAACCUCAUAGGACACAAUGGAUUCCAGAUUAAUGAAGACGUGACAUCGUAUGGCGUUGUCAUCGAGUGUUCCUUAAUAACAAACCGCAGUCUAUCAAAUAUUUGUCAACGACCUAAGAUUAGCAGUGUUUCAUGGAAAGAUAAUGACUCUUUUAUUGUUGUUGACCAAUGUAAUAACACUCUGCAUUCAUGUUCGAUGGAAUUUUCUGGAAAAAGUGUUGAAUUAGAUAACUGUGUUGAUUCUACAGUAACAAGUUGGUGCAUUGCAAUAAGAAAAGGUUCUGCGGAAGUUGUUGUUUUAAGUCUCAAAUUUAAGCACAAGCACUGUAUCCCGAAUGUGUCUGUAAUGUUUGCUAAUUCAACACAAUCAAUCAAUCUCGCCUGCAUGUCGAAAUCCAUAAUAUCAAUCUACUCAGGAGACAUAGGAAAUGUAAGACGAAUGACGUGUACUGAUAAUCAAGGAGAGACAAUUCAGUUUAGACAGGCACGUUUUGGUUGCAUCCUUUCCACCGGCGAGUUUGCCCUGUCGGAUAUAAACAAAGACUUCGUUUACAUGUUUGAUAAAAACGCCCGAUUGUUCCGCAAGGAAUUUUGUUUUCCUGGAUCAAUUACCCCUGACAAAGAUGACCUGAUCUACAUUGCCGAUUUCUACGAACAUCGAGUCAUUGUGACAAAUUUUGAAGGAUCCCUCAGGAACACAAUUAGUUUGCUACCUCAUGUGUCUCAUCCAAGAAGCAUCUCCAUCAGUUCUGAUCACAAGCUUGCUGUUGCUUUUGAAAAUAGUGUUUCUUUGUUUCAACUUGAUGUCAGACAGUUUUCAAUUCGUUAGAAAUGUUAAAUGAUUAAUUUUUAUUGGGGUUUUUUUUAAAUGAAGUAACUCCUGAAAUUCGAAGCACAAACUUGUGGCAUUUCUAUUUCUAUAAGUAUUGGUUUUUUUCUCUGAAAUAAAGCAGUUUAACUAGGAUGUUGUACGUACUACAAGUGUAAUUGCUAAAAAAGAGUACAGCUACUGUACCCUAAAAAAAUAUUUUUAAUACACCUGUUAGCAUGGAUCAGUUAGAAAUUGUAUGCGCAACUUGUUAUGUUAUCAUUUUGAUUUUACAGUCGACAUAUCAUAUAGUAUCAGCUAUUUGUAAUAGAAGCUAUGUAAUUACAUACAGGUAAACUUUUGGUUUUUUAAAUCAUAUUAAUAACAAUGUGAGGUGAAGACCAUUGAUUAACUUUCAUCUUAUAAUUUCAUUGCUAAUAAUCAUCAUUGUAAAUGUAACUAGUUGGAUUACUAACAAAUACAUCUGUUGGUCAGAAUCUGCUGUUAAGGUCAAGUUGAAAUACUUUGAAUAUUUAUUUUUCUAUCACAUUUUGUCAGGCUCAUGAAUACAGUACCGAUCAGACCUAAUCUAACAGAAAAAGAAAAAAGACCCAUACUAAAUCCUGGGUUUACAUUCUGGGAUUAACCUGUGCUUAUUUUCGGGUUAGCAGUAAACCCCUUAAAGCAGACGCUAUAUGUGCAUUUGGAAUAUACAAGGGACAGAAAUUACAGGUAGCAAGAUGGUAAGAUAAAAGACGGGACUGCUUCACACUUCCGUGCGUGAAGUAAACCGGACCCAAAUUAUACCCAGAGUCGACGCAAAUUAUAAGAAAAAAACAGACCCAGAGUAAAACCCAAGUAAACCCCGAAAAUAAACAUGAGGUUAUGUUGGGGUCUGCUCUGGUGUUCGGUUGGGUCUAAUCAGUAGUGUACGAAAAGCUAUUCUGAAAAUUUCAACAUUUUGAAACGCAAAAUAAAAGAGGAUUAAGUUGGACUGCUUAAAAAACUCGCACAUUUCACGUUGGCAAAUGGGCGCCUGUCAAAUAACAAUAGUAGAACAGGUUACUUUUAUCUAUGUCCGUUUCAUCUCCAUUAAUGCCAAUGAAAGUAUCUUAACGAAAAGUAUAUAAACUAUAUUCAUCUUAUUAUCCACAGGACCAGAUCGAGGUCCGUGAAUACAGAAGAAUAAUGAAGGAACUUCAAAACAAAAAACGAAAGGUUUUAAAUGACAAUAGCGUAUGAGCUCAACAAGAACAUCAAAUUUAUAAAA